UUGAUAUAGUUGUUGGGGAUACAACAAUUACAGCAAACAGGUCCUUGUAUGUUGACUUUACAAUGCCGUACACUAAAUCUGAUAUAGGAAUGGUCAUGCCAAUCAGUGACACCUCAAGCAAAAAUGCAUGGAUUUUCAUGAAGCCUUUGACAUGGAGCCUUUGGUUGACAAUUUUGUGUUUCUUCAUCUUUAUUGGUUUUGUUGUUUGGGUUCUGGAGCAUCGAGUUAAUGCGGAUUUUCGGGGUCCUUUGUCACAUCAAGUUGGAACAAGCUUCUGGUUUUCUUUCUCAACCAUGGUUUUUUCAAACAGGGAGAGAGUAGUCAGCAACUUGGCCAGGUUUUUGAUGAUUGUGUGGGUAUUUGUUAUGCUCAUACUGACACAAAGUUACACAGCUAGUCUAUCAUCACUGUUAACAGUACAACAACUGUCACCCGCUGGUACUGACCUGAAUGUUCUUUUAAGGAAUGGCGAUAAUGUUGGCUACAUUGAGAAUGCUUUUGCUCGUGAGGUCUUGUAUGAAAUAGGUUUUAACGAUUCAAGGCUCAAGGUUAUUAAGUCCGCGAAAGAUGGUGAUAAAGAACUCUCAAGAGGUACUGCAAGGGGUGGUAUUGCUGCUCUCGUUGCUGAAACCCCAACAUUGGAGGUUUUUGUUGCCAAGUACUGCUCCAAGUACACUAUGGUUGGACCUAUUGCUAAAACUAAUGGGUUUGCUUUUGUGUUCCCUAAACGUUCACCUCUUGUAGCUGAUAUGUCGAGUGCAAUCCUUAAUGUGACUGAAGGAAAGAACAUUCUGGAGAUUGAAGCCAAAUGGAUUAAGAAGCAAAGCAAUUGUCAAAACGCAGGUUCUGGAAAUGUAUCUGGCAACAGUCUUGGCCUUGAGAGCUUUUGGGGACUAUUCCUUGUUGCUGGGGUCACAUCUGUAGUAGCCCUCAUCAUAUUUUUUACUUCCUUCCUUUACAAGCAUAAGCAUGUUUGGAUGUCCCUUGAUUCAAGUACUUCUAUAUGGGAAAGGAUUCGGGCUGUAUGUGAACUUUUUGAUGAUAGAGAUGCCAGCUUCAAUACUUUGAGAAGCAGUCAAUCGUCCGAUAGAGCCAAUGAUGUCGGUGAUCAUGGACUGAAUGCAUCACCAACGAUCAACUGGCCAGAAAGUCCAUUCAGUUAUACAAACCAUGGAGAUCUUCAUUCUGCAUUUGGAGGUCAACAAAAAGCAGCUACCAGAGGAGCAUCUUCGCCAGUACGUUCCAACUCUUGAGCUUGCCAUCACUAGUUAUUAUCUGCAUACAAGGAUUGUACUGUGAUUUUCAGUAAAAGGAAAUAUGAAAUGCAAAUCAUGUGUGGGGGGUUUUUUCCCUUAAAGAUCGACGAUAAGUCAUAUGUUAAGAUGUAGGAGAAUCAUCAUAAACAUGUAACACCAUCUACGACUUUGAUUAUAAAGAAC